AUGACCAGUCAGGACCCCGGUGGUACCAGACCAAAGAACCGGAGGCUGAGGCCCAACUCCCUGGACCUGACCGGAGGACGGGGGACUCUCAGGACCGUCACACUCAACUUCACCUCCACCACCAAGCAGGUCCGUGGCCCGGCUCCAAAACGCCCCCCUCCUCCGAACUGCAGACCAGGGAAGGCUGAGGCCAGUCAUGCUGCUCCUACCCAGGACCUGGAUAGAUUGGGAGAAGGCAGUAAGGACAGACAGACGCCUGCCAUGGAGGUGGAAACGAGGAGUGGUGGAGACGGGGCCGGGGCUGCAGAUUGCAGUGUUAGUGGAGACGGGGCCGGGGCUGCAGAUUGCAGUGUUAGUGGAGACGGGGCCGGGGCUGCAGAUUGCAGUGUAAGAAACAGUAGUGGUGCCGUGAAGAGGACAGGUAUCGUUGAGACUGGCUUUGACCCUCUGUCCCUGAUAGCAGCUGAGAUGGAGACAGAGGUUGACGGGGACAGUAGCAGUGCCUCCACAGCCCGUCGGGAUCUAGCAGCUGAGAUAGAGAUGUACAUGAAGGCCACAAGCCCUCUGAGCAGCAGGACCACCAGCAUGGACCUUCAGAACCCAUCCAGCCCCCUAGUCCACGCCUCCUCCACCCCGUCUCAACACUCCUCCCGCCGGCCUCGGCCCCUCAGCCUGACCCACUCCCCCUGCACCGACCCCCGACCCCCUCCUCCCCUGCUUCGUGCCAACUCACACCUCCCCUUCUCCAGGCCCAAAGAACGUCUCCGUCCUUCCUCCCUGGUCUCCCCCUCCUCCCCUACUCCCUCCUCACCCUUCUCCAGGCCCAAAGAACGCCUCCGUCCUUCCUCCCUGGUCUCCCCCUCCUCACCCUUCUCCAUGGACUCCCUCCUCACCCCGUCUCUUAGUCUGGACAUGGUUAAGAGCAGCUUCCUGUCAGCAGGGAAGGGGGUGGCUGAGAAGGCUAGCAGGCUCUACUCCCGCCUGUCGUCACAGACAUCUCUCUCACAGGUUUGUAAAACCAUCACUCUAAUGGAAGACAUUGGCCCGGGAUCCAACGCAGAUUAAUGACAUGUGCACAGCAAUAUACAUUAAAAGGCAUGUUAUGUUCACCAAGAUCACAUUCCCUCAAUGCUGCAGACGUCAGCUCAAUCUGAAGUUACCUUUAAUAAAAGUAAAUUGCAGUGCGCAGGUUAUUUGUUGAAACCUGAUCAAUUGUCAAGAUGCCAUUUUGGCAAUUUACCAUUCAAGUGCACCAUUUGAAAAGUAACACUCCUCUCCCACAGGAUGUGAACUGUGACCAGAUCAGCGUGUCAUCAAUGACCUCAGUGGACCCAGAAUGCACCUCUCUGUUGGAGGAGUGCUCUGUCCUUGACCCUGAAGGUUUCACCUCCUACGCCUCUCCCCAGCACGGCAGCAUCACGGGCCUGAGGAGGAGCCCAGCCCAGGGACGCCUCGCCUCUCAGAGCCCCACCUCGCCCUGCAAGGUGUUCCGCCACAACUCCUUCUCUAGUGCGUAAAGUAGUCUCUCAUCAUUCUCACUCUGGGCCCUAGUUUGCUAGUUUGCUAGUUUCAGCGGCUUUUCCGUUUGACAUAAGUUAGCAGAAUGUAAAUGGUUAAUUCCUCCUCCUAAAAUAGUCAUUUUAUAACGUAUUAUUAUUGGAACAAUUUCAAGAAUGUUAUAUAAUAUUCAACAUCAAUUACAAAAAAUGAAAAAAAUAUUUUUUGUAAUACUUAAAAAAAAAAAAACUGUUUCAGAAAAAGUAGAACCCUUACAAAAAAAGAUUGCAGUUUUGAAACUGCAGUAAAAGUGCAGGUGACUGUGGUAUUCUGGACGUGGUAAUUGCAGAAUAACUGCCGUUAUACUGCAAAAAGUACGCAGUCUUUGCAGCAUGCUGCAGCUAUACAGCAUUCUGACUGCAAUCUUUUUUCGUAUGGGAAGGAAUUGAAUGAUGAAACUUUUGAGUGUUUUUAAUGUUUUGUAGAGUCGUGCCAGUAAAGUAUUUCUUGUUGAAGUUCUACAUUGGUUACGCAGCAGAAUAGUUAUUUGUGAUCUAAAUGUAAAUGUAGUAAGAGGAGGAUGACUUAGUGAUGUAGAGUUUUGGGGCUGGGUGAAACGAGGCUAGCAGACAGACUGACUGACUCAGGCACACGGGUUCACACCAGAACCCCCUGUACAGAAGAAACAGUCCACUGAUUACUGGUUCAAGGGAAUGGCAACCUGUUCCUUCACAUCCUCCUCAGUCACUCUGUGACCCAUCCCCCAGUAAUAAAGAAGUAGUCAACAGUAGUCAACAGUAGUCAACAGACGUCAACAGUAGUCAACAGUAGUCAACAGACGUCAACAGACGUCAACAGUAGUCAACAGACGUCAACAGACGUCAACAGUAGUCAACAGUAGUCAACAGUAGUCAACAGUAGUCAACAGACGUCAACAGUAGUCAACAGACGUCAACAGUAGUCAACAGACGUCAACAGUAGUCAACAGACGUCAACAGACGUCAACAGACGUCAACAGACGUCAACAGACGUCAACAGUAGUCAACAGACGUCAACAGUAGUCAACAGACGUCAACAGACGUCAACAGUCAUAAAUAAGUCAAAAAACGUUGUUGUUAUCGUUAAUAGCUUUUUGCCGUGUAUUAUUUAACGAUCAAAUAAAUGCAAUCGGCCAAAAGUAUUCAAGUAAAUACCACAACUGAUUUCUGAAUAGUAUAUCAUGGUGAUGUAACUAUGUAUUUCGUAAUAUAUGUGAUGGCUGAUGGUACUAUAUGUAUUCGUACUAUAUGGAUGGCAAUAUGUGUAACUAUGUAUUUCUGUAUAUAUGUGAUGGGCUGAUGGUAACUAUGUAUUUCUGUACUAUAUGUGAUGGGCUGAUGGUAACUAUGUAUUUCUGUACUAUAUGUGAUGGCUGAUGGUAACUAUGUAUUUCUGUACUAUAUGUGAUGGGCUGAUGGUAACUAUGUAUUUCUGUACUAUAUGUGAUGGGCUGAUGGUAACUAUGUAUUUCUGUACUAUAUGUGAUGGGCUGAUGGUAACUAUGUAUUUCUGUACUAUAUGUGAUGGGCUGAUGGUAACUAUGUAUUUCUGUACUAUAUGUGAUGGGCUGAUGGUAACUAUGUAUUUCUGUACUAUAUGUGAUGGGCUGAUGGUAACUAUGUAUUUCUGUACUAUAUGUGAUGGGCUGAUGGUAACUAUGUAUUUCUGUACUAUAUGUGAUGGGCUGAUGGUAACUAUGUAUUUCUGUACUAUAUGUGAUGGGCUGAUGGUAACUACUAUGUAUUUCUGUACUAUAUGUGAUGGACUGAUGGUAACUAUGUAUUUCUGUACUAUAUAUGAUGGGCUGAUGGUAACUAUGUAUUUCUGUACUAUAUGUGAUGGGCUGAUGGUAACUAUGUAUUUCUGUACUAUAUGUGAUGGGCUGAUGGUAACUACUAUGUAUUUCUGUACUAUAUGUGAUAGGCUGAUGGUAACUAUGUAUUUCUGUACUAUAUGUGAUGGGCUGAUGGUAACUAUGUAUUUCUGUACUAUAUGUGAUGGGCUGAUGGUAACUAUGUAUUUCUGUACUAUAUGUGAUGGGCUGAUGGUAACUAUGUAUUUCUGUACUAUAUGUGAUGGGCUGAUGGUAACUAUGUAUUUCUGUAUUAUAUGUGAUGGGCUGAUGGUAACUAUGUAUUUCUGUACUAUAUGUGAUGGGCUGAUGGUAACUAUGUAUUUCUGUACUAUAUGUGAUGGGCUGAUGGUAACUAUGUAUUUCUGUACUAUAUGUGAUGGGCUGAUGGUAACUAUGUAUUUCUGUACUAUAUGUGAUGGGCUGAUGGUAACUAUGUAUUUCUGUACUAUAUGUGAUGGGCUGAUGGUAACUAUGUAUUUCUGUACUAUAUGUGAGAGGCUGAUGGUAACUAUGUAUUUCUGUACUAUAUGUGAUGGGCUGAUGGUAACUAUGUAUUUCUGUACUAUAUGUGAUGGGCUGAUGGUAACUAUGUAUUUCUGUACUAUAUGUGAUGGGCUGAUGGUAACUAUGUAUUUCUGUACUAUAUGUGAUGGGCUGAUGGUAACUAUGUAUUUCUGUACUAUAUGUGAGAGGCUGAUGGUAACUAUGUAUUUCUGUACUAUAUGUGAGAGGCUGAUGGUAACUAUGUAUUUCUGUACUAUAUGUGAGAGGCUGAUGGUAACUAUGUAUUUCUGUACUAUAUGUGAGAGGCUGAUGGUAACUAUGUAUUUCUGUACUAUAUGUGAGAGGCUGAUGGUAUGUCUGACAUGUCCUGUUCUAUUAUUCCAGGUGGUUUGGCUCCUCCUUCUAGAGCUCCCCAGACUCCAGACUCUUCUCCUGAUGCCUCACGCUUCCACCUCCGUCACCACUACACUACUGAGGUCAGAGUUAUAGCCUGUUAUAGCCUGUUAUAGCCUGUUAUAUCCUGUUAUAGCCUGUUAUAGCCUGUUAUAGCCUGUUAUAGCCUGUUAUAGCCUCUUCCACCUCAGUCACCACUACACUACUGAGGUCAGAGUUACAUCCUGUUAUAGCCUGUUAUAGCCUGUUAUAGCCUCUUCCACCUCCGUCACCACUACACUACUGAGGUCAGAGUUAUAUCCUGUUAUAGCCUGUUAUAGCCUGUUAUAGCCUCUUCCACCUCAGUCACCACUACACUACUGAGGUCAGAGUUAUAUCCUGUUAUAGCCUGUUAUAGCCUGUUAUAGCCUCUUCCACCUCAGUCACCACUACACUACUGAGGUCAGAGUUAUAGCCUGUUAUAGCCUGUUAUAGCCUGUUAUAAGCCUGUUAUAUCCUGUUAUAGCCUGUUAUAGCCUGUUAUAGCCUGUUAUAGCCUGUUAUAGCUGCUUCCACCUCCGUCACCACUACACUACUGAGGUCAGAGUUAUAGCCUGUUAUAGCCUGUUAUAGCCUGUUAUAGCCUGUUAUAAGCCUGUUAUAUCCUGUUAUAUCCUGUUAUAGCCUGUUAUAGCCUGUUAUAGCCUGUUAUAGCUGCUUCCACCUCCGUCACCACUACACUACUGAGGUCAGAGUUAUAGCCUGUUAUAGCCUGUUAUAGCCUGUUAUAGCCUCUUCCACCUCCGUCACCACUACACUACUGAGGUCAGAGUUAUAGCCUGUUAUAGCCUGUUAUAGCCUGUUAUAGCUGCUUCCACCUCCGUCACCACUACACUACUGAGGUCAGAGUUAUAGCCUGUUAUAGCCUGUUAUAGCCUGUUAUAGCCUGUUAUAGCCUGUUAUAGCUGCUUCCACCUCAGUCACCACUACACUACUGAGGUCAGAGUUAUAGCCUGUUAUAGCCUGUUAUAGCCUGUUAUAGCCUGUUAUAGCUGCUUCCACCUCUGUCCCCACUACACUACUGAGGUCAGAGUUAUAGCCUGUUAUAGCCUGUUAUAGCCUGUUAUAGCCUGUUAUAAGCCUGUUAUAGCCUGUUAUAGCCUGUUAUAAGCCUGUUAUAGCCUGUUAUAGCCUCUUCCACCUCCGUCACCACUACACUACUGAGGUCAGAGUUAUAGCCUGUUAUAGCCUGUUAUAGCUGCUUCCACCUCAGUCACCACUACACUACUGAGGUCAGAGUUAUAGCCUGUUAUAGCCUGUUAUAGCCUGUUAUAGCUGCUUCCACCUCUGUCACCACUACACUACUGAGUUCAGAGUUAUAGCCUGUUAUAUCCUGUUAUAGCUGCUUCCACCUCAGUCACCACUACACUACUGAGGUCAGAGUUACAUCCUGUUAUAGCCUGUUAUAGCCAGUUAUAGCCUCUUCCACCUCCGUCACCACUACACUACUGAGGUCAGAGUUAUAGCCUGUUAUAGCCUGUUAUAGCCUGUUAUAGCUGCUUCCACCUCUGUCACCACUACACUACUGAGGUCAGAGUUAUAGCCUGUUAUAGCCUCUUCCACCUCAGUCACCACUACACUACUGAGGUCAGAGUUAUAUCCUGUUAUAUCCUGUUAUAGCCUGUUAUAGCCUGUUAUAGCCUGUUAUAGCCUGUUAUAGCCUCUUCCACCUCCGUCACCACUACACUACUGAGGUCAGAGUUAUAGCCUGUUAUAGCCUGUUAUAGCCUGUUAUAGCCUGUUAUAGCCUGUUAUAGCCUGUUAUAGCCUCUUCCACCUCCGUCACCACUACACUACUGAGGUCAGAGUUAUAUCCUGUUAUAGCCUGUUAUAAGCCUGUUAUAGCCUGUUAUAUCCUGUUAUAGCCUGUUAUAGCCUGUUAUAAGCCUGUUAUAGCCUGUUAUAGCCUGUUAUAGCCUGUUAUAGCCUGUUAUAUCCUGUUAUAGCAUGUUAUAGCCUGUUAUAUCCUGUUAUAUCCUGUUAUAGCCUGUUAUAGCCUGUUAUAAGCCUGUUAUAAGCCUGUUAUAUCCUGUUAUAGCCUGUUAUAUCCUGUUAUAGCCUGUUAUAGCCUCUUCCACCUCCGUCACCACUACACUACUGAGGUCAGAGUUAUAGCCUGUUAUAGCCUGUUAUAGCCUGUUAUAGCCUGUUAUAGCCUGUUAUAGCCUCUUCCACCUCAGUCACCUCUACACUACUGAGGUCAGAGUUAUAGCCUGUUAUAGCCUCUUCCACCUCAGUCACCACUACACUACUGAGGUCAGAGUUAUAGCCUGUUAUAGCCUGUUAUAUCCUCUUCCACCUCAGUCACCACUACACUACUGAGGUCAGAUUUAUAGCCUGUUAUAGCCUGUUAUAGCCUCUUCCACCUCAGUCACCACUACACUACUGAGGUCAGAGUUAUAGCCUGUUAUAGCCUGUUAUAGCCUCUUCCACCCCAGUCACCACUACACUACUGAGGUCAGAGUUAUAGCCUGUUAUAUCCUGUUAUAGCCUGUUAUAGCCUGUUAUAAGCCUGUUAUAUCCUGUUAUAGCCUGUUAUAAGCCUGUUAUAUCCUGAUAUAGCCUGUUAUAAGCCUGUUAUAUCCUGUUAUAGCCUGUUAUAGCCUCUUCCACCUCAGUCACCACUACACUACUGAGGUGAGUCUGUCUUCUCUCUCUGUCUGUCCAUGACUGGUGGUCUGUUUGGAUAAUGGCGACUCAGUAUCUUCCUGGUUCUAUUGUGAGUUGUUGAGUGACUCAGGAGUCUGAGUCUUGAUGUGCAGACUUGAAAGCAUGUAGGACAAACACAUUCAUCUGAUGUCUACAGUUCCUGGUUGUGUUGGUCCACGUUUCUCAUGUCUACUGGUACUUAAUGUUGUCUUUGUCUAGUUGUUUCCAAUCAGUCAGUCAAUCCUGUUCCUGGGUCUAUGUCUCCAGGUGUUGAUGUCCAGCUGCUGUCGCUGUAAGACGUGUGACUGUCUGGUGUACGAUGAGGAGAUCAUGGCGGGAUGGACGGCUGAUGACUCUAACCUCAACACCACCUGUCCCUUCUGUGGGAACCUCUUCCUGCCCUUCCUCAAUGUAGAGAUCAGGGACCUGAGACACAGGUGAUAACACACACUACGACACACACACACACACACACACUACGAUAAAACACACACACACUACAACACACACACACUACAACACACACACACACACACUACGAUAAAACACACACACACUAUGACACACACACACACACACUACGAUAAAACACACACUACGAUAAAACACACACACACACACACACACUACGAUAAAACACACACACACUAUGACACACACACACACACACACACUACGAUAAAACACACACACACACUACGACACACACACACACACUAUGAUAAAACACACACACACUACGAUAAAACACACACAAACACACACACUACGAUAAAACACACACACACUACGACACACACACACACACUACGAUAAAACACACACACACUACGACACACACACACACACACACACACACUACGAUAAAACACACACACACACACAACGAUAAAACACACACACACUACGACACACACACACACUACGAUAAAACACACACACACACACUACGACACACACACACACACACUACGAUAAAACACACACACACACCACGACACACACACACACACACACUACGACACACACACACUACGAUAAAACAUACACACACUACGACACACACACACACUACGACACACACACUACGACACACACACACACUACGACACACACACACUACGACACACACACACACUACGACACACACACACUACGACACACACAUACACACGUUUCCUAUGUUGUGAGGAUCAAUAACACACACACCACCCGGUAGAAAAAGUACUGUAUUGUCAUACUAGAGUAAAAGUAAAGAUACCUUAAUAGAAAAUGACUCAAGUAAAAGUCACCCAGUAAAAUAAAUCAAAUGAUAUUUGUCACAUGCUUGGUAAACAACAGUUGUAGACUAACAGUGAAAUGCUGACUAACGGGCCCUUUCCAACAAUGCAGAGAGACAAAGAGAAAUAAUUUUAUAAAAAGAACACAAGGAAUACAUCCACAAUGAGUAACGAUAACUUGGCUAUAUACUGUACAAUACACAGGAUACCAGUACUGAUAAGUAAUAACACAUCCACAAUGAGUAACGAUAACUUGGCUAUAUACUGUACAAUACACAAAUUAGGUCAAACGGAUUUAAGUCUUCUUGCAUUAAAGUCACUGGCCACUAGGAGCGCCGCCUCUGGGUGAGCGUUUUCUUGUUUGCUAACGGCCAUAUACAGCUCGUUGAGUGCUGUAUCGGUUUGUGGUGGUAAACAGACAGCUACGAAAAAUAUAGAUGGAAACUCUCUUGGUAGAUAGUGUGGUCUACAGCUUAUCGUGAGGUAGUCUAACUCAGGCGAGCAGAACCUCGAGACUUCCUUAAUAUUAGAGAUGGCGCACCAGCUGUUGUUAACAAAGAGACACCUCCUCCCCUGUGCUUCCCCCGACGCAGCCGUUCUGUCCUGCCGAUGUAUAGAAAAACCAGCUAGAUUUAUAUUUACCAUGUCCUUGUUCAGCCACGACUCGGAGAAACAUUACAGUUCUUCAGAUCACGUUGAUAGGAUCGUCUCGAACAAAGCUCAUCCAGUUUAUUCUCCAGUGAUUGCACGUUGGCCAAUAGAACGGAGGGUAGAGGCGAUUUAUCUCCGACGUAGUCUUGUCAGAUACACGCCGGCUUCUAUAGCGCCGUCUUCUCCUUCUUCCAGCGUCGGGGAUUUGGGCCUAGUCUGCGAUAAUCAUUAUGUCUUUCACCUCCGACUCAUUGAAGUAGAAGUCCUCGUCCAAAUGGAGGUUAAUGAUGGCUGUUCAGAUGUCCAGAAGCUCUUUUCGGUCAUAGUAAAUGAUGGCGGAAACAUUACGUACAAAUAAUGUUAAGAUCAGCGCAAAAUAAUACACAAAAUAACGCAAUUGGUCAGGAGCCAUAGAACGGCUACUAUUACCUCCAGAGACUUUAGUAUACUACUAAAAUAUAAUACUAGUAAAGUAUCUGGUUUUAAAUGUAGUGGUGGAAAAAGUACUAAAUUGUCAUACUUUAAUAAAAGUAAAUGCUAUAUAUCAAAUUCCUUAAACAAACCAGACGACACGAUUUUUGUAUUUUUUUAUGGACAGACGGGCACGCUCCAUCACUCCGACAUAAUUUAAAAACGCAGUAUUUGUGUUUAGUGAGUCCGCCAGAUCAGAGGCAGUAGGGACGACAACGCGUUAAAUUGAUAGGUGCGUGAAUUGGACCAUAAUUCUAAAUGUAAGCAUUCUAAAUGUAACAAGUACUUUUGUGUGUCAAGGAAAAUGUAUGGAGUAAGAAGUACAUUAUUUUCUUUAGGAAUGUAGUGAAGUAAAAGUUGUCAAAAAUAUAAAUAGUAAAGUACAGAUACCCAAAAUAACUACCUACAGUGAGGGAAAAAAGUAUUUGAUCCCCUGCUGAUUUUGUACGUUUGCCCACUGACAAAGAAAUGAUCAGUCUAUAAUUUUAAUGGUAGAUUUAUUUGAACAGUGAGAGACAGAAUAACAACAACAAAAAAUCCAGAAAAACGCAUGUAAAAAUUUUUAUAAAUUGAUUUGCAUUUUAAUGAGGGAAAUAAGUAUUUGACCCCCUCUCAAUCAGAAAGAUUUCUGGCUCCCAGGUGUCUUUUAUACAGGUAACGAGCUGAGAUUAGGAGCACACUCUUAAAGGGAGUGCUCCUAAUCUCAGUUUGUUACCUGUAUAAAAGACACCUGUCCACAGAAGCAAUCAAUCAAUCAGAUUCCAAACUCUCCACCAUGGCCAAGACCAAAGAGCUCUCCAAGGAUGUCAGGGACAAGAUUGUAGACCUACACAAGGCUGGAAUGGGCUACAAGACCAUCGCCAAGCAGCUUGGUGAGAAGGUGACAACAGUUGGUGCGAUUAUUCGCAAAUGGAAGAAACACAAAAUAACUGUCAAUCUCCCUCGGCCUGGGGCUCCAUGCAAGAUCUCACCUCGUGGAGUUGCAAUGAUCAUGAGAAUGGUGAGGAAUCAACCCAGAACUACACGGGAGGAUCUUGUCAAUGAUCUCAAGGCAGCUGGGACCAUAGUCACCAAGAAAACAAUUGGUAACACACUACGCUGUGAAGGACUGAAAUCCUGCAGCGCCCGCAAGGUCACCCUGCUCAAGAAAGCACAUAUACAGGCCCAUCUGAAGUUUGCCAAUGAACAUCUGAAUGAUUCAGAGGAGAAUUGGGUGAAAGUGUUGUGGUCAGAUGAGACCAAAAUGGAGCUCUUUGGCAUCAACUCAACUCGCCGUGUUUGGAGGAGGAGGAAUGCUGCCUAUGACCCAAAGAACACCAUCCCCACCGUCAAACAUGGAGGUGGAAACAUUAUGCUUUGGGGGUGUUUUUCUGCUAAGGGGCAGGACAACUUCACUGCAUCAAAGGGACGAUGGACGGGGCCAUGUACCGUCAAAUCUUGGGUGAGAACCUCCUUCCCUCAGCCAGGGCAUUGAAAAUGGGUCAUGGAUGGGUAUUCCAGCAUGACAAUGACCCAAACCACACGGCCAAGGCAACAAAGGAGUGGCUCAAGAAGAAGCACAUUAAGGUCCUGGAGUGGCCUAGCCAGUCUCCAGACCUUAAUCCCAUAGAAAAUCUGUGGAGGGAGCUGAAGUUUCGAGUUGCCAAACGUCAGGCUCGAAACCUUAAUGACUUGGAGAAGAUCUGCAAAGAGAAGUAGGACAAAAUCCCUCCUGAGAUGUGUGAAAACCUGGUGGCCAACUACAAGAAAAGUCUGACCUCUGUGAUUGCCAACAAGGGUUUUGCCACCAAGUACUAAGUCAUGUUUUGCAGAGGGGUCAAAUACUUAUUUCCCUCAUUAAAAUGCAAAUCAAUUUAUAACAUUUUUGACAUGCGUUUUUCUGGAUUUUUCUGUUGCUAUUCUGUCUCUCACUGUUCAAAUAAACCUACCAUUAAAAUUAUAGACUGAUCAUGUCUUUGUCAGUGGGCAAACGUACAAAAUCAGCAGGGGAUCAAAUACUUUUUUCCCUCACUGUAAGUAGUACUUUUAAAGUAUUUUUUACUCAAGUACUUUCCACCACUGAUACACACAACUCAGAUCCACUAUAUGUUUGUCUCAUUAGGACCAGUGACGAGAGUCACCCACCUGUAGGAGAGGACACGGCUGUUUCAGUCAACCCUGAGACCGUCAACCCUGAGACAGUCAACCCUGUUUCAGUCAACCCUGAGACAGUCAACCCUGAGACAGUCAACCCUGAGACAGUCAACCCUGAGACAGUCUCUGCAGCUGGCGCCCUGACACCCCAGUCAACCACAACUCCAGCAGAGGAGCAACAGGACUCUGAGGGUGUAGCUGGGUGUCCACAGGACCCUGUCCCAGGCCCAGCCCCAUCUCCGACCUCAGCCCCAUCUCCGACCUCAGCCCCAUCUCCGACCUCAGCCCCAUCUCCGACCUCAGCCCCAUCUCCGACCUCAGCCCCAUCUCCGACCUCAGCCCCAUCUCCGACCUCAGCCCCAUCUCCGACCUCAGCCCCAUCUCCGACCUCAGCCCCAUCUCCGACCUCAGCCCCAUCUCCGACCUCAGCCCCAUCUCCGACCUCAGCCCCAUCUCCGACCUCAGCCCCAUCUCCGACCUCUCCCCCAUCCCCUGCCUCCUCCCCAGUGAGUAGUUGUCCAGCCCCAGUGACGGUCCCCUACCUGAGUCCCUUGGUUCUGUGGAAGGAGCUAGAGUCUCUGUUGUGUAACGAGGGGGACCAGGUGAUCAGUUCUCCCAGCAUCGUGGACCAGCACCCCAUCGUGUUCUGGAACCUGGUGUGGUACUACCGUAGACUUGAUCUCCCCUCUCACCUGCCUGGUCUCAUCCUGACCUCUCAGCACUGCAGUCAGGGACAUCUACUGCAGGUAUACUACACUGCACUGAACGUACCCUUCAAUGAUGUAUACGUUGUCCCUUUAAACAGGGACCUAGGGCGAUUGUUGUUGGACCUAGGGUGAUUUACAGAACACAUAUUAGUUUUUUUUUUUUUUUUUUUUUUUACAUGGUCCUUCAAGACAGAUUGGAGCAGUUGUCGUUGAACGUGAUCGGAAGAGACAGUGAUUUGUAUUGUCUUUCUAAUGAUGUUCUCACAUGCUCUCGCUCCUGUCAGGUCCCAGCCCAGAGUGUGUCUUCAGAGGACAGUAAACAUGUCCUGGUCCGGAUCCUGUGGGAUAACCUGGACCUACACCAGGACCCGGUCCAACCCCUCUACAUGCUCUGGCACACACACUGUAAGUCAUCAGAAUUGAUCGGAUUCAUAAAGUGAUUUUCCAAAGUUCAAAGCACUUUACACUGUAAGUGAUCAGAAUUGAUCGGAUUCAUAAAGUGAUUUUCCAAAGUUCAAAGCACUUUACACUGUAAGUGAUCAGAAUUGAUCGGAUUCAUAAAGUGAUUUUCCAAAGUACAAAGCACUUUUUACAAAUGUGAUGACCUCACUGCUCUCUGUCAAUAAUGGGCCUCCCUACUCUUCAGUACAUUGCUGUUCCCUCCAGUCUAAUCACUACGUAGUAAUGAUAGGACACACGGUGUGUAGUUGACCUCCUGUUCCUGUAUCAGAUCUGUGAAACUUCCUCUUCAGCCUGAAGUGUUGAUCAUUGAAGGAGGCCUUUUUCAAUGGCGCGAUGAGUUUAAAUGACGAGAACAAUCACACACAACGCACAAUGAACGACAGAGGGUUAAAUAAGGAAUACAAUACAACAUAAUAGGAAACAGGUGUACACAAUCAAGACAAAACAAGUCAAACACAGAAACAUAGAUCGGUGGCAGCUAGUACUCCGGGGAUGACGAACGCCGAAGCCUGCCCGAGCAAGGAGGAGGAGCAGCCUCGGCUGAUUCCGUGACAGCUAUGCUCACUGAGUCUGUACAUAGUCAAAGCUUUCCUUAAGUUUGAGUCAGUCACAGUGGUCAGGUAUUCUUUAUGUUUUGUUUUACCCCAUAUGUAACUCUGUGUUGUUGUUUUUAUCGCACUGUUGUUUUUAUCUUGGCCAGGUCGCAGUUGUAAAUGAGAACUUGUUCUCAACUGGCUUACCUGGUUAAAUAAAGGCGAAAUAAAAUGUGGUUGGGUCUAAUUGUGUUGCUGUCCUGGGGCUCUGUGGGGUCUGUUUGUGUUUGUGAACAGAGCCCCAGGACCAGCUUACUUAGGGGACUCUUCUCCAGGUUCAUCUCUCUGUAGGUGAUGGCAUUGUUAUGGAAGGUUUGGGAAUCGCUUCCUUUUAAGUGGUUAUAGAAUUUAACGUCUCUUUUCUGGAUUUUGAUCAUUAGCGGGUAUCGGCCGAUUUCUGCUCUGCAUGCAUUUUAUUUUGUGUUUUUCGUACACAGAGGAUAUUUUUUUGCAGAAUUCUGCAUGCAGAGUCUCAAUUUGGUGUUUGUCCCAUUUUGUGAAUUCUUGGUUGGUGAGCGGACCCCAGACCUCACAACCAUAAAGAGCAAUGGGUUCUAUAACUGAUUCAAGUAUUUUUUGCCAGAUCCUAAUUGGUAUGUCGAAUUUUAUGUUCCUUUUGAUGGCAUAGAAGGCCCUUCUUGCCUUGUCUCUCAGAUCGUUCACAGCUUUGUGGAAGUUACCUGUGGCACUGAUGUUUAGGCCGAGGUAUGUAUAGUUUUUUGUGUGCUCUAGGGCAACGGUGUCUAGAUGGAAUUAGUAUUUGUGGUCCUGGCAACUGGACCUUUUUUGGAACACCAUUAUUUUUGUUAAACUGAGAUUUACUGUCAGGGCCCAGGUCUGACAGAAUCUGUGCAGAAGAUCUAGGUGCUGCUGUAGGCCCUCCUUGGUUGGUGACAGAAGCACCAGAUCAUCAGCAAACAGUAGACAUUUGACUUCAGAUUCUAGUAGGGUGAGGCCGGGUGCUGCAGACUGUUCUAGUGCCCUCGCCAAUUCGUUGAUAUAUAUGUUGAAGAGGGUGGGGCUUAAGCUGCAUCCCUGUCUCACCCCACGGCCCUGUGGAAAGAAAUCUGUGUGUUUUUUGCCAAUUUUAACCGCACACUUGUUGUUUGUGUACAUGGAUUUUAUAAUGUUGUAUGUUUUUCCCCCAACACCACUUUCCAUCAAUUUGUAUAGCAGACCCUCAUGCCAAAUUGAGUCAAAAGCUUUUUUGAAAUCAACAAAGCAUGAGAAGACUUUGCCUUUGUCAAUUAGGGUGUGCAGGGUGAAUACGUGGUCUGUCGUACGGUAAUUUGGUAAAAAGACAAUUUGACAUUUGCUCAGUACAUUGUUUUCACUGAGGAAAUGAACUAGUCUGCUGUUAAUGAUAAUGCAGAGGAUUUUCCCAAGGAUGCUGUUGAUGCAUAUCCCAUGGUAGUUAUUGGGGUCAAAUUUGUCUCGACUUCUGUGUCUCUGUCUAGGUGCUAACUCUCUGUCCCUGUCUCUGUCUAGGUGCUAACUCUCUGCCCCUGUCUCUGUCUAGGUGCUAACUCUCUGUCCCUGUCUCUGUCUAGGUGCUAACUCUCUGUCUCUGUCUCUGUCUAGGUGCUAACUCUCUGUCUCUGUCUAGGUGCUAACUCUCUGUCCCUGUCUCUGUCUAGGUGCUAACUCUCUGUCCCUGUCUCUGUCUAGGUGCUAACUCUCUGUCCCUGUCUAGGUGCUAACUCUCUGUCUCUGUCUAGGUGCUAACUCUCUGUCCCUGUCUCUGUCUAGGUGCUAACUCUCUGCCCCUGUCUCUGUCUAGGUGCUAACUCUCUGUCCCUGUCUCUGUCUAGGUGCUAACUCUCUGUCUCUGUCUCUGUCUAGGUGCUAACUCUCUGUCUCUGUCUAGGUGCUAACUCUCUGUCCCUGUCUCUGUCUAGGUGCUAACUCUCUGUCCCUGUCUCUGUCUAGGUGCUAACUCUCUGUCUCUGUCUAGGUGCUAACUCUCUGUCCCUGUCUCUGUCUAGGUGCUAACUCUCUGCCCCUGUCUCUGUGUAGGUGCUAACUCUCUGUCUCUGUCUAGGAGCUAACUCUCUGCCCCUGUCUCUGUGUAGGUGCUAACUCUCUGUCUCUGUCUAGGAGCUAACUCUCUGCCCCUGUCUCUGUGUAGGUGCUAACUCUCUGUCUCUGUCUAGGUGCUAACUCUCUGUCCCUGUCUCUGUCUAGGUGCUAACUCUCUGUCCCUGUCUAUGUGCUAACUCUGUGCCCCUGUCUAGGUGCUAACUCUCUGCCCCUGUCUCUGUGUAGGUGCUAACUCUCUGUCUCUGUCUAUGUGCUAACUCUCUGCCCCUGUCUAGGUGCUAACUCUCUGCCCCUGUCUAGGUGCUAACUCUCUGCCCCUGUCUAUGUGCUAACUCUCUGCCCCUGUCUAGGUGCUAACUCUCUGCCCCUGUCUAUGUGCUAACUCUCUGCCCCUGUCUAGGUGCUAACUCUCUGCCCCUGUCUAUGUGCUAACUCUCUGCCCCUGUCUAGGUGCUAACUCUCUGUCCCUGUCUAUGUGCUAACUCUCUGCCCCUGUCUAUGUGCUAACUCUCUGCCCCUGUCUAGGUGCUAACUCUGUGCCCCUGUCCCUGUCUAGGUGCUAACUCUCUGUCUCUGUCUAGGUGCUAACUCUCUGCCCCUGUCUCUGUCUAUGUGCUAACUCUCUGCCCCUGUCUAGGUGCUAACUCUCUGUCCCUGUCUAGGUGCUAACUCUCUGUCUCUGUCUAGGUGCUAACUCUCUGUCCCUGUCUAUGUGCUAACUCUCUGCCCCUGUCCCUGUCUAUGUGCUAACUCUCUGUCCCUGUCCCUGUCUAUGUGCUAACUCUCUGCCCCUGUCCCUGUCUAUGUGCUAACUCUCUGCCCCUGUCUAGGUGCUAACUCUCUGCCCCUGUCUAUGUGCUAACUCUCUGCCCCUGUCUAGGUGCUAACUCUCUGUCCCUGUCUAGGUGCUAACUCUCUGUCUCUGUCUAGGUGCUAACUCUCUGUCCCUGUCUAUGUGCUAACUCUCUGCCCCUGUCUAGGUGCUAACUCUCUGUCCCUGUCUAUGUGCUAACUCUCUGUCUCUGUCUAGGUGCUAACUCUCUGUCUCUGUCUAGGUGCUAACUCUCUGUCUCUGUCUAGGUGCUAACUCUCUGUCUCUGUCUAGGUGCUAACUCUCUGUCUCUGUCUAGGUGCUAACUCUCUGUCCCUGUCUAGGUGCUAACUCUCUGUCUCUGUCUAGGUGCUAACUCUCUGUCUCUGUCUAGGUGCUAACUCUCUGUCUCUGUCUAGGUGCUAACUCUCUGCCCCUGUCCCUGUCUAUGUGCUAACUCUGUGCCCCUGUCUAUGUGCUAACUCUCUGUCUCUGUCUAGGUGCUAACUCUCUGCCCCUGUCUAGGUGCUAACUCUCUGCCCCUGUCUAUGUGCUAACUCUCUGCCCCUGUCUAGGUGCUAACUCUCUGUCCCUGUCUAUGUGCUAACUCUCUGUCUCUGUCUAGGUGCUAACUCUCUGUCCCUGUCUAGGUGCUAACUCUCUGUCUCUGUCUAGGUGCUAACUCUCUGUCCCUGUCUAGGUGCUAACUCUCUGUCUCUGUCUAGGUGCUAACUCUCUGUCCCUGUCUCUGUCUAGGUGCUAACUCUCUGUCCCUGUCUAUGUGCUAACUCUCUGUCCCUGUCUCUGUCUAGGUGCUAACUCUCUGUCCCUGUCUAGGUGCUAACUCUCUGCCCCUGUCUAGGUGCUAACUCUCUGCCCCUGUCUAGGUGCUAACUCUCUGCCCCUGUCUAGGUGCUAACUCUGUGCCCCUGUCUCUGUCUAGGUGCUAACUCUCUGCCCCUGCCCCUGUCUAUGUGCUAACUCUCUGCCCCUGUCUAGGUGCUAACUCUGUGCCCCUGUCUCUGUCUAGGUGCUAACUCUGUGCCCCUGUCUCUCUCUAGGCUCUAACCCCUCAGCCAGUGGAACAGUGUAUGAGGAGGGCCAGCCCCAGGACCACCUCUUCUCUGCUGAGGUCCUACAGGGUAUAGUGAAGAACCUCCAGAAGAGUGAUGUCUACCAGCCUAUCAGUCAGAUCCUGCAGCUGCUAGGUUCAGAGCUGGGCUUCAGCAGACAGAGGUAUAAAACUUCAAACCUGUAACAUUAAAAAAAAAUAGUGACUUUGCAGUUAUAUUUAAAAAAACAAGUUUAGAAUACUGCAGCUUGUGAUUAGUUUAAUUCCUGCAUAAAUAAUGUCCACCUUCUCAUGGAUACCUUUUAAAAAGGGAGGUUUUAAGACAAACCAUUAGCGGAUUUGUGAUUCUGCAACACUCUUACAAUAAAAAAAGCAGCAGGAAAUAGCUUUUUUGUGGCCGUUUUUUUUAUUUAUAUACAAAAUCUAAUGUCAGUGGCGGGGUUAAGAGUAGUCAAAUGUCGUCCUUAAUCGUCCUGUCUGGACGCACACACACACACACACACACACACACAAACCCUUCUCUUUCUAUUCUACAGGAGUCUGUACAGAGAUCUCCUCUUCCUGGCGCUGACCGCUCUGGGCAAGAGCAACAUCAAUAUCGGUGAGUUGAAACCAUAUCUUUCCCUCUCUACUUUCGAAGCUAUCUGUCAUCUUUCUAAUUCAUCCUAAACAUGUCACUUCAGGGCAGUCAAAUUUACAAUAGACAUUUAGAGAAAUACAUUGAGAAGUUUUUCUCACAUAUUUGUAUUUAUUAUGGAUCCCCAGUAGUUCCUGCCAAGGCAGCAGCUACUCUUCCUGAGGUUUAUUAUGGAUCCCCAUUAGUUCCUGCCAAGGCAGCAGCUACUCUUCCUGGGGUUUAUUAUGGAUCCCCAUUAGUUCCUGCCAAGGCAGCAGCUACUCUUCCUGGGGUUUAUUAUGGAUCCCCAUUAGUUCCUGCCAAGGCAGCAGCUACUCUUCCUGGGGUUUAUUAUGGAUCCCCAUUAGUUCCUGCCAAGGCAGCAGCUACUCUUCCUGGGGUUUAUUAUGGAUCCCCAUUAGUUCCUGCCAAGGCAGCAGCUACUCUUCCUGGGGUUUAUUAUGGAUCCCCAUUAGUUCCUGCCAAGGCAGCAGCUACUCUUCCUGGGGUUUAUUAUGGAUCCCCAUUAGUUCCUGCCAAGGCAGCAGCUACUCUUCCUGGGGUUUAUUAUGGAUCCCCAUUAGUUCCUGCCAAGGCAGAAGCUACUCUUCCUGGGGUUUAUUAUGGAUCCCCAUUAGUUCCUGCCAAGGCAGCAGCUACUCUUCCUGGGGUUUAUUAUGGAUCCCCAUUAGUUCCUGCCAAGGCAGCAGCCACUCUUCCUGGGGUUUAUUAUGGAUCCCCAUUAGUUCCUGCCAAGGCAGCAGCUACUCUUCCUGGGGUUUAUUAUGGAUCCCCAUUAGUUCCUGCCAAGGCAGCAGCUACUCUUCCUGAGGUUUAUUAUGGAUCCCCAUUAGUUCCUGCCAAGGCAGCAGCUACUCUUCCUGGGGUUUAUUAUGGAUCCCCAUUAGUUCCUGCCAAGGCAGCAGCCACUCUUCCUGGGGUUUAUUAUGGAUCCCCAUUAGUUCCUGCCAAGGCAGCAGCUACUCUUCCUGGGGUUUAUUAUGGAUCCCCAUUAGUUCCUGCCAAGGCAGCAGCUACUCUUCCUGAGGUUUAUUAUGGAUCCCCAUUAGUUCCUGCCAAGGCAGCAGCUACUCUUCCUGGGGUUUAUUAUGGAUCCCCAUUAGUUCCUGCCAAGGCAGCAGCUACUCUUCCUGGGGUUUAUUAUGGAUCCCCAUUAGUUCCUGCCAAGGCAGCAGCUACUCUUCCUGGGGUUUAUUAUGGAUCCCCAUUAGUUCCUGCCAAGGCAGCGGCUACUCUUCCUGGGGUUUAUUAUGGAUCCCCAUUAGUUCCUGCCAAGGCAGCAGCUACUCUUCCUGAGGUUUAUUAUGGAUCCCCAUUCGUUCCUGCCAAGGCAGCAGCUACUCUUCCUGGGGUUUAUUAUGGAUCCCCAUUAGUUCCUGCCAAGGCAGCAGCUACUCUUCCUGGGGUUUAUUAUGUAUCCAUCAUGGUUGCUAAGUAACCCUGUUGUAUUCUACCAUCAUGGUCGCUAAGUAACCCUGUUGUAUUCUACCAUCAUGGUCGCUAAGUAACCCUGUUGUAUUCUACCAUCAUGGUCGCUAAGUAACCCUGUUGCAUUCUACAUCAUGGUCGCUAAGUAACCCUGUUGCAUUCUACCAUCAUGGUCGCUAAGUAACCCUGUUGCAUUCUACCAUCAUGGUCGCUAAGUAACCCUGUUGUAUUCUACCAUCAUGGUCGCUAAGUAACCCUGUUGUAUUCUACCAUCAUGGUCGCUAAGUAACCCUGUUGCAUUCUACCAUCAUGGUCGCUAGGUAACCCUGUUGUAUUCUACCAUCAUGGUCGCUAAGUAACCCUGUUGUAUUCUACCAUCAUGGUCGCUAGGUAACCCUGUUGUAUUCUACCAUCAUGGUCGCUAAGUAGGUUAACCAACCACAUCAUGAUCAGUAAUAGUAAUAAUAUCUCUGAUUGUAAACUAACCCUUUGCCUUGCUUCUCUGUUCCAGAUGCAUUUGAUCGUGAGUACAAGAUUGCGUACGACCGCCUCAGCCCCAGCCAGGUGAAGCUGACACACAACUGUGACCGGCCACCAGGAGCAGGGGUCAUGGAA